UUUGAACACAGACUAAUAUUCACGACAAAAAUUUACAAAGACGAAAAAAGAGCUGAGAAUCUACGCCCUGUUGCAAGUAAAAGACAUUUAAGAGCCACUGGAAAUGGAGGAGGAUGACCUUACAAAACAGGUUGAUGAGAUUGAAGCGAUGUCAGCCAUUUAUGGAGAUGAUUGGUGUGUCGUGGAUGAAAUUAACAGGAUCUAUAGCAUUACCAUCUCGUAUGAAAACGAUAAGGACAUGAGAAUAAGUCUCCAGGUCCUUCUCCCUGAUGAGUAUCCAAGUAAGGUUCCUCCAGUAACUGAAUUAAGUGCUCCCUGGUUAUCAGGUGGUAACAGAAUACUGCUAGAGUCUGGCCUGGCACAAGUUUGUUUAGAAAACAGUGGAGAGAGUGUACUCUAUCUGAUGGUCGAAAGGAUACAGGAAUUUAUGGCAGAAAAUGCAACAAUUAAUGAAGACAAAGAAAGUGAAAAUUCUUCAGCUACCAAAAUAGAUUUUGAUGAGGAUAGGAGUGACCAUACAAUAGACCAACUUGCCUCAUCACUUGAACAAUUCCAUACCACAAAGACAUUGAUAAGUAACCAUGGUCCCCAAACUAUAGAGUUGCCUCCACUCGUCCAUGGUGACACCAUUACAGAUAGGAAAAGCACAUUUCAAGCACACAUAGCAUUCCCAGUAGUAGAAGCAGAACAAGUUAAAUGUUUACUUCAUAAGCUGCGUGAAAACAAGAAAAUAGCACAUGCCACUCAUAACGUAAUGGCAUACAGGAUAUACAAGGAGGAUCAUGAUUCCUUCAUCCAGGACUGUGAUGAUGAUGGGGAGACUGCAGCAGGUGGAAGGCUUCUUCAUCUACUGCAGAUUGUUGAUGCAAGGAAUGUUAUGGUGGUAGUAUCAAGAUGGUAUGGAGGUAUUCAUCUAGGACCUGACAGAUUCAAACACAUCAACAAUGCAGCUAGGAGUAUACUAAACAGCUCAGGAUUCAUACAAAAUAAGGAUUCCACACCGAAGUCAAAGAAGACCAAGUCUAAAAACAGAUGACAAAACCCCUUAGUAUUCUCAAGAUACAUAUAUAUUUAAUGAUAAAGAUGAUUUUAUGUAGCUGUUAAUUGACAUAAUAAAUAGAUAUGGGAGUGACAGAAUAAGGAAGAAAUAAAUAGAGGGGAGAGACUGUGUCAUGGGAGAAUGUUCAGCAGGAUUGUUAACUCGAGUAAAAAAAAAUUAAGUUUGACUAAAUACUGUGGAAACAUGAAACAAAGGCUUGUCAUGAAGGUUGUUUAAAUGACUCAACCAGGAUUAAGAGCCAUUUACAGUACUUCUUUACUUAAAUUGAAUGCCUCUUGAAGAAAUAUUUGUUUAGGAAAGACAAAGCGUAAUGUAAUCCCGUCUGAAUUUCAGUUUUGUAAGAAACAUUCAUUUCGGUGUUUGCUCUCGUAAUUUUUGUGCUACCCGAAUGCUUUCAGACUUUGGUUCACAGCCUAAUUACUUGUAAAUGACUGGCAAUAUGUGUACUUUCAAAUUCCUGACUAUAUUGAAAGUCUUGUUAUCCUAGAGAAAAUACUGUAUAGGCCCGACACCUCGCAAUGAAACUAUCAGCUUAUCAAUGAAAUUGAAACCUUGUUUAUCUGAAAUGGUGUAACAUUUUUUGAUGGAAGACCAAUAUUUUUAAUCUAAUUUUGACCUCAUCUUGCAAUCCAGCUAGCCAAACAUUCACUGCUUUCAUGAAACUCUCCAAUACAUUUAACUGAGGUCGACUAUUUUUAGAACAUGUUCUUGGACUGUGGUGCUGUACAAAGGCACAUGGUUUGACUGAAAGAAACAAAAAAUUGUGCAAUAAAGUCAGUGGCUCAAUACAAUGUAAAUUUGUGUGAAGGUUGGAAAGAAAUAUAGAUUUGUUUACCGUUUCAUAUCUAGUAUAAUAUUUGACGUAUGGACAAAAUCAUAUUGUCUAUACAUCAUUGAAUUGAAUUAAGUUCAUCUCAUUUGAAAACAGUACCGGUAUACCUUUGCUCUUGAAUUUGUCUUCCAACUUUUUAAUCUGUAAAUUGAGAUGAUAUACAAUAUAUUUCUAUUAAAAACAAUAUUUGAGUUUAUCACA